AUGGCAAAGGCGGUCCGUAAUCAAUCGGUUAUAGCGCAAGCCAGUUUUCGUUUGGGUGAUGUUUACCGAAAAUCAGAAGACUAUGAAAAAGCUGUUAGCUGUUUAAAAGAAAGUUUAGAAAUAAGCACGGUUAUUGGUGAUCAGUUAUUAAUGGCAAUAAACAAUAAUAGUUUAGGUUUUAUUUAUUUAUGUUCAAAUGAGUGUGAAAAAGCGGUUGGCUACUUUAAGAAAAUGUUAGAAUUUGGAAUAGCAAUGGACGAUGAAAAAAAUAUAGCGAAUGCGAAUUUUAGUUUGGGCCAUUGUUACGAGCAACUUGAAAGAAAUAAAGAGGCGCUUCACUAUUUCGAAGAAAUGUUAAGAUUUGUGACCGCUAUUGGCGACUUGAAAGGAAAAGCUCUCAGUAAUUCAUGUUUGGGUGGUGUUUAUCAACGAUUAAAAGACUAUGAAAAGGCUAUCAACCAUUUCAAAGUUAGUGUGGAAGUUUGCAAAGCCAUUAGUGAUCAGUCAUUAAUGGUGGAUAACAAUAUAAGUUUAGGCAAUAUUUAUUACUGUUUAGAAAAGUGGGAAAUUGCAAUUGACUAUUAUAAGAAAACUUUAGAUUUGGCAGUAGCAAUACGCGAUAUAAGAAUAAUAGCACAGGCCUAUCGCAGUUUAGGUCAUUGUUACGGGCAGCUAGGAUGGAAUAAAGAGGAAGUUCACUGUUUUAAGGAAAUGUUAAGACAUAUGACCACAAUUGGUGACCAAAAAGGAAUAGCUGAUAGCAAUGACCGUUUGGGCAGAAUCUAUUACAGUUUAGGGGAAAACAGAAAAGCACUUGAUUAUUACACACGAGCUUUAAACAUAUAUAGAUGUAUUGAUCAAAAGAAACAAAUUGAAUAUAUCAGUAUCAAUUUGGGCAAAGUUCACAAGAAUUUAGGUGAAUACAGCAAGGCCAUCGACUGGUUCAGAAAAUCUUUAGAGAUUGCAAAAGCGGUCCAUAACCGAUCAGGUAUAGCACUGGCCAAUUUCUAUUUGGGUGAUGUUUACCAAAGAUCAAAUGACUAUGAAACGGCUAUUAGUUACUUGAAAGUUAGUUUGGAAGCUAGCAGGGCCAUUGAUGAUCAGCCAUUAAUGGUAGAAAAUAGUAACAGUUUAGGCGAUAUUUAUUAUUGUCUAGGAAAGUGGGAAAUUGCAAUUGGCCAUCAUAAGAAAACUUUAGAUUUGGCAGUAGCAAUGGGCGAUCAAAGACUAAUAGCAGAAGCCAAUGGCAGUUUAGGUCAUCGUUACUGUCAACUAGGAAGGAAUGAAGAGGCACUUCACUGUUUUGAGGAAAUGUUAAGACUUGUAACCGCUAUUGGCAACCAGAAACGAAUAGCUUAUAGCAAAGACCGUUUGGGCGGAAUCUAUUAUAGUUUGUGUGAAAAUAGAAAAGCACUUGAUUAUUACAAACAAGCUUUAAACAUAUAUAAUGCUAAUGAUGACAAGAAAGAAAUUAAAGGUAUCAGUAAAAAAAUAGGUGAUAUUUACAUGGGCUUAGGAGAAUACAGCAAGGCCAUCGACUGCUUCAGAACAACCUUAGAGAUGGCAAUGAUACUCCAUGACCAAUUUGGUAUAGCAAAAGCUAAUCAAAGUUUGAUUCAUGUUUACCAAAUAUUAGGAGAGAACGAAAAGGUCAUUAACUAUUUAGAAAAAAGCAUAGAAAUUGGCACGGCUAUUGAUGAUUCUGCAAUAAUAGCAGGAAACAAUAUCUGUUUAGGUAAUAUCUAUUAUUCUUGCGGAAUUUUUCAAAUAGCAAUUAACCACUACAAGAAAGCAUUAGACUUAUUUGUAGCAAACGGCGACCCAAGGGCAAUAGCAGUGGGCAAUAUAAACGUGGGAUCUUGUUACUAUAAUCUCGGCAAAUGCGACGAGGCUAUGAAGUAUGUCCGAAGGGGUUUAGAAACUGCCACUAUUAUUGGAGAUCGACAAGUAAUAGGGGAAAUAUAUAGAAAUAUGGGCAUUAUAUAUGAACGGUUAGGGGAUAAGGAAAAAGCCAUUGAAUAUUGUAGAAAAAGUUUAAAAAUAGGCAAGGAUAUUGGCAAUUCGCAGCUGGUAGCAUAUAGUUAUGAAGAUCUUAGCCAUAUCCAUCUGCGUUUAGGAGAAUAUAAAGCUGCAUCAUCAUAUUUAGUAGAAUCUAUUACAAUUUUAGAUGAGCUGUUCCGAAAUACAGUCCCAGAUGAGAACAAACUAACCUUCACCGAACGUUAUUGUAAAGCCCAUAGGGUUUUAAUGAAUUGUUUUGUUUGGUGGGGGCGCAUAGAAUCCGGAUUAUUAGUGAUUGAUCUGGGAAGAGCUAAAGGGCUUCAUUUUUAUAUUGAAAGAAAACAAAUUUUAGAUACAGAAUUGCUUCCUUACGCACAAUCUAUAUGGAGCAAAAUCGAGAAAGGGGAGGAAAAUCAAGAAAUAGAGCGAAUACAGAAAAUUUUCCAGGUUGAAAAUGAUAAAACUUCAAUAGUGGUAUUUGCUUUUGAAAGUAUAAGUGCUCUGAAUGUUUGGGUUUUAAAUAGUGAUGUCACCUUUAAGUGCUUGAUGUCAGAUGCAGCAUCUCAUAUAUUGAUGCCCCUGAUAAGUGAGCUUUUCACAAGGACAAGCGUCAAAGUUAAUCGAGAUUCGUCAUUUUUUAAACUUGAUUCACUUGCGAAUGAACAUAGUUUUGAUAGUCACAUGAUCUCACCGCGAAACAAGCUGUGUAAAGAAGAAACGUUUGAAGACUUGCACGGAAAAAAUCCGAGCGGCGAUAAUUCCAGCGAUGAAACUAUUCUGAAAAAACUGUUCGAUCUUCUCAUUCAACCGAUAAGAGAUGCCGUCAAAGGAAAUAAGCUCAUUGUUGUUCCUGACAUGCAAUUGUUCUUUAUUCCCUUUUCUUCAUUGAUUGAUGAAAAUGGGAGGUAUUUAUCUCAGAGUUACAGCAUUCAAGUAACGCCCUCAUUACACACUUUGACGUUCACUAAAGAACAACCCCAUGACUCUGACCUCGGUUUUGCGUUGUUCGUUGGUAAUCCAAAAGUUGGAAAGGUUUCUUUUUAUGGCACAGAUUCAACACCUGCCGACCUACCCAAAGCAGCCGAGGAAGUUGCAAGUCUUGCAAAGCUUUUUGCAGCAAGGCCUCUGGUAAAAGGUGAAGCGAAAAAACAGCUUGUUCUCGGACUUCUAAGCGGUGCUAGUAUAAUUCAUAUUGCUGCUCAUGGUGAACCAGAGAGAGGUGAAAUAAUGCUUGCUCCUGACCUUUCUUUAAACGAACCAUCUUCUUCUCUUCCUAAUACAGAUUCCUAUCUCCUCACGCAGAAUGAUAUUACUAGUAUUUCAUUACGAACUCGCUUGGUCGUCCUAUGCUGUUGUCACACAGGGCAAGGUGAGAUUUCUUCAGAAGGUGUCAUAGGUAUAGCUCGGUCUUUUCUUGCUGCUGGAGCUCGCUCUCUUCUCGCCACACUCUGGCCCAUUUGCGAUGACGCAACAAAGGAGUUUAUGGAAGCAUUCUACAACGAACUGCUUCAGGAAACACCAGUUUGUGAAGCUUUAAGAAGGGCAAUGAACCUCUUUCAGCAACACGAAAGAGAAUAUUACCGCUCCUUUUUAAUUUGGGCUCCAUUUACUCUCUAUGGAGAGGAUGUGAUGUUUACAAGGUGCGACAUUGAAAGGAUCCGAGAAAAAUCCAGUGAAACUCUACCCGAGUGUGGUUUUGCGUUGUUUGUUGGUAAUCCAACGUCAGACUUGCCUAAAGUCACCGAGGAGGUUAAUUCUCUGUCAAAGCUUUUCAGAACCAAGGCCUUCGUGGAGGGCGAAGCCAGGAAACAGGUUUUGCUGGGACUGUUGAGCGGGGCAAGUAUUAUCCAUAUUUCUGCACAUAUUGAACCUAAUCAAUGUGCAAUAAUGCUUUCUCCAUGUGUCUCCUGGAAUCAAGGUUCUUCCACUCAGGAUCUUUUAACGCAACAGAACGUUCGGGGCAUUCCUUUGAAAGCUGUCUUGGUUGUUUUAUGCCUACGUUAUUCUGGGCAAGACAAAGUCUCUCUAAAAUGUGUUAAAACUUUAGCUCUGUCUUUUCUUGAAGCAGGAGCUCGCUCUGUUCUUACCAGACUAAGGCACAAUGACGAUGAUGCAACAACGGAGUUUAUAAAAGCAUUUUAUAAUCAUUUACUGCAAAAUUCAUCAGUCAGGGAAGCGCUAGAGAAGACAAAGAAACUCUUUGAAAAUCACGAUAGAGAGUCGCAUCGAUCCUUUGUAGGUCGUUUUCCGUUUACAAUCUACGGAGAAGAUGUGAUGCUUGAAAAACAUGAUAUCGAAACGAUAAGAGAGAAAUCUCGCAAAAUGUUUUCUGAUUUUGUUGUAUUACCACCUGAUGAACUUACUGGUUCGCUUGCAAAUCUUAACCUGCAAGAUAAACCAUAG